AUGUCGCAGCACCCAAUGCACUAUCCUCCCCCUCCAACUCAAGGAGCUCAAUACGCUCAGUUUCAGAAAGCUGGAACUUUCCCAGUGGCUCAGCCAUCGCCCGGGUUUCCUCCGCCAAAUUUCAGUUACCCUCCUCCUCCAGCACAACAAGCUCCACAGACAGAGUUUCCUCCUCCCCCGUCUGUGAGCCCUCCAAACGAAAAGGGCUACUCCUCCCAAAAUGCUGCAGCGUUUGCCGCGAACACAGCUCUCCCUCAAUCACCACCUCCUCCAUUCAACGAAAAGGCCUACGCUCAGUCAAUAGUUCCCCAACCCACGCCGCCUCAAGCCUCCCAUGGAGCAUCACAGUCACUCGGUGGAGGAUCCUUCGUUGGGGUCACUUCCACAACCCCAGACGAUGUGGGAACCUUCAACGGUGGGAGUUAUCGUGUCAGCCAUCGCGAUUGCAACACUGUCCUUACUCUUCAGCUGGCUGUUGGGUGCCCACUUCGUGUGAAACCAGGCGUCAUGAUCGGCAUGUCUCCUACAAUGACACUCAAAGGUACAAUCACCUUUGGAUGGACCAAACUCGUCUCGGGAGGGGAGAUGGCCAUGUCUGAAUACACUGGGCCGGGCGAACUAUUGAUCGCCCCAACCGUGCUCGGCGAUGUUACCGUCCUUCGACUUUCGGAAGGGAGCAAUUGGAAAGUUGGCAGAGAUGCAUUCCUGGCCUCGACAAGUGGCGUCAAGUACGAUCAUAAAGCUCAAAGCUUAUCCAAAACAUUUUUCUCUGGUGAGGGACUGUGGAUCUACAGUUUCUAUGGAACUGGCCUACUUUGGAUGCAAAGCUUUGGGGCAAUCCUCAAAAAGGACCUUGCGGAGGGUGAAACAUAUUUCAUCAACAACGGCCAUCUUGUGGCUUGGAACUGCAAGUACAAGCUCGAGCGCGUGGCUUCCGGUGGUAUCCUUUCCAACAUCAGUGCAGGCGAGGGUUUGGCCUGUAAGUUCAUCGGACCCGGCACUGUGUAUCUCCAAACCCGCAAUGUGGCGGCGUUCGCCAUGCAAAUUGGGGCUGCGAAGUUACGUUGA